UAAGUUUUACAAACUAACCCCAUGAAUCAUUUUUUAGAGUGUAGGAUGCCAGAAAAUGUACAAAAAAAAAGAGUUUCCUUUUGGUUUCAUUAAUUUUUCUAGGUUCGGAUGAGAUACUGUUAGGAUGAGAUACUGUGUUUUUGUUUUUUUUUCACUUCCUGUUGUUUCAGACAUUACAUCGCACACCGUUUUGGGGAUAUUUCUGCCACUUAGAGAUAAAGGUUAGUAAUGUACUCAGGGAAGCACACGGCUACCUACGUGCAGCUGACAUCAUUUCAUGCCAUUACUCACAGGUCCAUGUUCUAACCUAACGUGUACAUACCAACAUACAGAAUUCUUGACAGGGGGAUGUCCUUGGAUGACCUCAUUGUCUUUGUCACUCUGUGUUUUUCCGCAAAAUCUCAAAACUUUAGACAUAAAUCCUGGGUUUAAAAACAUUUAAUUUAAUCAAUACCUUAUAUGUGGAUUUCUCAAUCCACUGAUAAUUUCUCUUUGGAGCAUAUACAAAAUACAAAGCUUUGCCAGCAUAAAUGCUCUGUCGUCCUUUAUAUUUAUUAUACUGGGUGAACUGUUGAUGCACUUUCAUUUUCACUUUACAGUAUGACUUGGCAAUUUCCAAUAUUCGAUAGAGCAAUUCUGUCGAACAAUUCUGAGAUCAUUUCCGUAUUUUUAUUUAAAGCUGUUAUUCACUCAUAGUAUGUACAUAAAGAUUAGAUUUACAGUAACAGAUAAGGCCAGACUCCGUGGAAAUUACAUCCAUAAAACCCUUCAGUGUGUGUGUGUGUGUAUGUGGGUGUGGGUGGGUGUGUAUGUUUCAUUUUUAAAAUUGAGAAUAUUAACACAGUCUGAGAGGGAAACACCCCAUGAAAAGUAAAUAGACUAAUGUGUGUGUUUGUACGUUAUACACCCCCCCCACACACACACACACAUAUGUAUGUAUAUACAGUAUAUAUAUGGAAGGAAACAUGGCACCAGAAUUAAUGAUCAGCUGCAGCCAUGAUGAAGAGCAUCUAUCAGUGUUUGUUGCUGUCUCUGCUGUGUGCCGUGUGCGCGGCCGGGCCCGCGGGAGCGCGCAGCGGACCCGUGCAUUUCUCCGGCAGCGCGUGCUUGGACCUGGGUAACGCGCUUCUGCGGAAAGUGACAGAUGCGCUCGAGACAGAUCAGCUGUUCAGAGGGUUAAACUGCACGGAGCAGAGCGCUGAGACGUGCACCCGUACCGAGACGCUGUCCGCGUGCACGCCGAUGAACUCCAUAUGCCUGGGAGCCCCAGAGUUCACCCUGGAGCAGGAUGAAUGUCUGAAGAGUACUCAGGAAGAUCUUCGAUAUUACUUGGCAACGUUUAAAUCUUACCACGAUCCAGAUCAAAUCCUGGAACAGACGGUGGUCAGAACCAUAGAAAACUUUAUUCAGGGAUGUUUUUCUGCCCCACUGCUGGAUGGUGCUCAGGUUCAGGUCUCCGUGGACAACGAAAACUCCUUCGAGAGACGCCUGAAGCUCUGCAAGGUCCUGAAAGGGUUUCAGAUCCGCACCAUCACCAUCAACCGGGUGUUCAACCACCUCGUCAACUCCCCACACGUCUGAUCAGGAUGAAGAUGUUUUUAUAGAAUUUUCCACACCGGCGAGCUAAUAAUGUUUUUUUUUUUUGUUUGUUUUUCCUACAGACAAAAUCCAAGUAAACCUAAAUGUUUGUGGUAUAACUUAAACGUUUAUAAAAUUAUUUAAACAUAUGUAUUUAUCUAUUUUUUAAUACAUUUUAUGUCGUGGUGUUCCGAAUGAUUUCCAAUUAAACAUGUUGAAGCAUAAAA